AUGACUAGUGGUGGCGGCGACGGCUCGAGUCGGCGUCCCCCGCCCAUGCUGAAGGCGGAGCGGCAGGCCGCGUUUAGGCGGAAGGUGCGCAAUGAGUUGCUCCUGCAUGGGCGGGAGAGUAAAGACGCAGAGCGGCAGCGCAUGGAGGAGUAUCGGCGUCUCUGCAAGGAGGAAGGCGUCCACUCCAAGCGUUUGGAGGAGUACGACUCGGUGCGAAGGGACGCGUCCAGCACGCUGAACGAAAAGCUGCAGAGCAUAGACUACGAUCAGAGUCUCACGAACGCGGAGAAGAAGAAGCGAAAGUUCAACUUGAAACGGAAUUACGCCGCGCAAACGGUGACAGAGAUCCUCAAAAAGAAGGAAAAACAUCACAACGCCUUGACGAAGGUGGAGGAGGUUCGGAAGAAGCGGCAGGAACAAAUUGAGGCGGCAAAGGCGGCAAGGAAGGAGAGAGAAGCGGCAAAGCUUCACAGCAUUCAAAGGAGACAAGUGAAUAACGCACUUUACGCGCAAAAGACUCGAAAGGGACAGCCGGUUAUGAAUGGCCGGGUGCAACUGUUGUUGGAUAAACUGCAGCACGAGCAAAAGCAGGACUGA